GAGAGAUGACAGCGCUGACAGGAGGUUUGACGAGGAUGAUGCGCCCAAGUCCUCACCAAAACUACCCGCGGGGAGGUUACUCUCUGGAAGUGUCCACGCCGUUAGGACAGGGUCGGGUCAACCAGCUCGGCGGUGUCUUCAUAAACGGCAGACCUCUUCCCAACCACAUCCGCCAUAAAAUCGUGGAGAUGGCUCACCAUGGUAUCCGUCCGUGCGUCAUCAGCCGUCAGCUCCGGGUGUCCCACGGGUGCGUGUCCAAAAUCCUGUGCCGGUACCAGGAGACAGGAUCCAUCAGGCCGGGGGCCAUCGGAGGCAGCAAACCCAAGCAAAGCGCGUCUCCAGAAGUGGAUAAGAAAAUAGAAGAUUACAAGAGAGACAACCCGGGAAUGUUCAGCUGGGAAAUCAGGGACAAAUUGUUGAAAGAUGGGAUCUGUGAUAGGAACAACGUUCCGUCAGUGAGUGCCAUCAGUCGGAUCAUGCGUUCGAAGUUUGGCGGAGGGGGUGAAGAUGAUGAGGAGGAGGAUGAAACUGUGAAGAGGGAGAUGGAAGACAGUGAACCCCAAACAAAGCACAGCAUCGAUGGCAUUCUGGGAGAUAGAUCAAGUCACUCAGAUGAGGCCUCUGAUGUGGACUCAGAGCCGGGCCUGCCUCUGAAGAGGAAGCAGCGGCGUAGUCGGACCACCUUCACCGCAGAGCAACUGGAGGAGCUGGAGAGGGCCUUCGAACGCACGCACUACCCUGACAUCUACACACGAGAGGAGCUGGCUCAGAGGGCCAAACUGACAGAAGCCCGAGUUCAGGUGUGGUUCAGCAACAGAAGAGCCCGGUGGAGGAAGCAAGCAGGAGCCAAUCAGCUGAUGGCGUUUAACCAUCUCAUCCCCGGCGGAUUCCCUCCAUCAGCGAUGUCAGGCCUGCAGCCCUAUCAGCUGUCUGACAGCCCCUAUCCUCCCACAUCCAUAGCUCAAGCGUCUGAGCCCCCCAGUACAGUGCACCGACCGCAGCCUCUGCCCCCCACCUCUGUGCACCAGAGCGGCCUGAGCUCGUCAACGGGGAGCCCAGAUGGAGGCUCUGCGUACUGCCUGUCUUCUGGACGUCACGGUUUCUCAGGCUACUCGGACGGCUUUGUGGCACCGACGGGUCACUCCAACACCGUCAACCCCACCAUCAGCAGCAGCCUCUCGCCACAGGUGAUGGGCCUAUUGAAUCCAGGUGGGGUACCACACCAGCCGCAGAGUGACUUUGCCCUUUCCCCACUGACUGGAGGUCUGGAGCCUAAUGGCGGUAUGGCAGCCAGCUGUCACGGGUCGCAGCGCCUUGAGGCCCUACCCGGUCUCACCAGUAUGCCCACACUGCCAAGCUCCCAGUCGUACUGUCCCACCUCCUACACCUCCCAAGCCUAUGCCAUGGACCACCAUCCAUCCUACCAGUAUGGACAGUACAGUCAGAGUAAGGUACCUUUCAUUAUAUGAAACCCCAACAUGACCUGAGUGGUAAGGUUCUCUAGCCAACAUCAUCAGCCCCUUCACUGCCCCCCCUACAGU